UAAUCGCAGGUAUUUGCGAAGCACAUAUAAGUUUAAGGGCAUAACCACUGGCGACGCGGCUCAUCCGGUCCCUUCAAACACCGAUUGCAAGCCCCAGCAAAUUUAUUUGCAUUUACCCACAAUAUACGCUUCCUAUGUAUGCAGCUGUUCAGACAAAGGAGGUACGACCCAUGUGCGCAGCCGGCGCAUGCGGCCCUGCUGCAACGUUCGAUUAGUCGCGACCAAUUUGCUAAGCUUCAAAAAAUGAUCUGGUCAUAGUAGAAAUGCAUGCUUUUUAGGGUGAGUCGCCCCGGUUUGCCCAAGUAGAUUCGUGGCGCGUGGCUUUCUCGUGGAGCCCCUGUGGUGGGACGAAAACAUAUCUCGUUGGCCUGCUGGCCACCGCGUAAACACUCUUUCGAAAGUCCUUAUUCAGCGUUCUUUCCUUUCCCUGCUGACAGAUGGCGACGCUAUUACGUACCUCUAUACCGGACGGCCUUCCAGACCUGCAAAGUCUCCUCGACGCCACGAGGAUGACAGAGACUAGCGGACCUGCUUUGAGCGGCGCGGGAGAGAUGAAUUGGUUUCCGAGCGAUGCCCCACAAAACGCAGCCGAUCGACGCUGCGAUGUGGGCGAGUUAGCGCUUGGGCCGGCCGCCCCUUUCAACGACUCCCUCCAAGCGCAACUGCGCGGCUCAGCUGCUGGAAUUGCGGAACAGGCCACGGCAACAGACAGCAGCACAGCGGAAGCGUCUUCGUCGGCACCCACACCGGCGAGCGACGCGAGCGGCUCGCCACCCACGUGCGCCACAGGCCACGAGGCCAACUGCUCAAUGAUUUCGCCCCCCUGCUACUCAGCAUCCCAGCUCCUUCCCGCGCUGGCUGCCGCGGCGGCUGCCGCGGCUGCGGCUGCGGCUGCCGAGCCGGCGGUGCCGCUGCUGCCUCUGACGGCUGCCGGCCGUUCGGCCGUGGCUGCCGCCGCCUCCGGCGGCGGCGGAGCUGCCGCCGCCGCUUUCGGCGCCGUCGGCGCUUCCACGACUGGCGGCAAGCGCUCCGCGCCGGUCAGCCACUCCACCGUGGAGAAGCAGCGACGCGACAGACUGAACGACCUGAUAGAGACACUGGGGGAGCUGGUGCCGCCCAUGGAUGCGAACGGGCGGGCGCGGGCCGGCCCGAGCGGGGAGGGCCCCAAGCGGCCCAAGCACGCCAUCCUGGCUGACGUCAUCAUCGCCUUCCGCCGCGUGCAGCAAGACAACCAGGGCCUGAGGGUGCACCUCGCAAACGCCAGUCGCCUGCUGGCGGCGGCAGCCGCCGGCAUGGGCAACAGCAACGGUAACGGCGUCAAUGGUGCACCACAGGCUGCGGCGGCGGCCGCCGCGCCUGUCGGCCCGGCACAGCUGCCCCAGCACCAUCCGCAGCCGCAGUACCAGCAGGCGGCGACGGCGGCAUGCGGCAUGUACGGGAGUGGCACCGGCAUCGAUGCCUGCGACUCCCAGCUGCAGCAGCUGCAGCACCAGCAGCAUCAGCAGCAAAUGCAGACGCUGCAACGCGCUGGCUCCUGCGCACCCGCGUCGUCGGCGGCGGCGGGAGGCGCGGUAUCGCCCAGCAGUGGCGGCGCCGCCAUGGCGCCCGUGCCCACCGGCUGCUCCGGCGCCACCGCGCCGACCCGCCUGGCAGCGCCCUUCCCCGGCCUCUCCUUCCCGAGUGCCGCCGCCGCAUCCGCCUGCUGGCAGCAGCAGCAGCCUCAGCAGCAGCAGCCGCUGGCGGAGGUGGCGGCCGACGCGUUCCCCUCAGCGCCGCUUAUGUCCUUCCCCUCCUCCGCUGCUGCCUCCGUUGCCGGUGCCGGCUGCGCCGCCGCCGCCGACAUGUCCGGCCUGCUGCAGCAGUCCUCCGCCGCUGCCGGCAACUGCUACAGCGCGUCGACGUCGCCGCACGCCUCCUCGCCGCUUCCGACGCAGCCGUCGUUGUGCGGCCACAGCGAUCACGCGGGCUCGGGACUUCCGCUGAUGCCCUCGCCGGGAUCCUUUGCCUCCGUGGCGGCGCCCGCUGCCCCGCCGAUGCCCGCGGCGGCUCCGGCGCCGCCGCCGGUGCAGCCGCCGCCGUCGUCGUGGCUUAUCCGUGUGGUGUGCCCGCCGCACCCUAGCCUGAUGAAUGUGGCGGCGAGUGCGCUGGGCAGCGCCGGCCCGGCCGGUUCCGUGACGCUGUGCGCCGUCAAUCUCAUUCCCCAGCCCUGCGGCCGCGUGUCUCUGGAGAUGAGCGUCUCUUGCGACGCCAGCCUGCUGCCGCGCAUCCAACAGGACAUCACCACCGCCGUGCACGACAUCACGGCCGCACUGCAGCAGACAACACAGCAGCAACAGCAACAGCAGCAGACCGUGCAGCAGCAGAUCGACAUGGCGUCUGCGGCCGCAGCCGCCGCAGCCGCCGCGGCCGCGGGGCUGAAGCGCCCCUGUGACGGUGCCGCUGACGCCUUCGCCCCGGCCGCCGCCGCGAAGCGCGUUUGCGCGUGAGCGCUGGUGUGCGUGGGAAGCCGCCGCACGGC